AUGUCUUUCUCAUACUCUAAUUUUGCAGAUGAAAGAACGGAAGAAUCAGUAAAACUCUUCGGUCGAAAGCACCCUUUCAGACAUCAUUCUGUAGUUAAAGACUAUAUUCAGAAAGAGAUUGCAAAAUUUGAAGAUUUGGUCCAGUAUAAUACUUCUGUGGAAAAGGUCGUAAAACGUGGAGGAAAGUGGACUAUUUCCUUGAGGGUUAUCAACAAAAAUAUUAAGGGACAGGAUUAUUGGUAUGAAGAAGUAUAUGAUGCUAUCAUUGUGGCGAAUGGUCAUUAUUCUAUUCCUUAUAUCCCUAAAAUCUCAGGAUUAGUCGAGGUACAACAACAAAAUUCUGAAAUAAUUGAACAUACUAAAUCUUUCAGAAAAGUUUCUAACUAUAAGAAUAAAAAGAUAUGUAUUGUUGGAACUGGAACUUCAGCAACCGAUCUAAUUAGUGAUACUGUUGGCCAAUCUAAAGGUCGAAUUAUUGUGUCAUCCAGAAGUGAACCUGGAGAGCUUUUCAAAUCUUCGUUUGGCGAUAACAAGAAUGUUUUAAUUAAACCUGAAAUAUCCAAGAUUUAUAUCUCAGAUGAUAAGCUUACAGCAUCCAUUGUAUUUGUAGACGGGUCAAUUGCUGACGAUGUCGAAAGAAUUAUAUUCGCUACUGGUUAUCUAUACAACUUCCCCUUUUUCAGAAAUAAUGAGGUUACAGUUAACAAGAGCAACAGAGUUGAGAAGCUUUAUCAACACAUUUUUAAAGUAGGGGAUCCAACAUUAUCAUUUGUGGGUAUAGUAGUUGCGUCUAUUACUUUUAGGAUAUUUGAGUAUCAAUCAACAUUAAUUUCAGGUAUUUUAAGGGGUCGUAUUUCCCUACCACCAAUACAAAAGCAACUUCAAUGGGAAGAGGAAAGAAUAGCUAGCAAAGGAGAUUCUCGUGCAUUUCAUGUAAUUCCACCCGAAUAUCAAAAUUAUUAUCAAGAUUUGCUUGACUUGGUUGGGCCUUAUCAUGGUCUAGGACAUCAAUUAGAGCCAUAUAACGAGGAAUGGGAAGGGAUACUCAAUAAUGCAAUUUCCUUGAAAUUGAAAUAUUGGACAAGGAAUAUAGAGCCAUAA